UCAAGCAAAAAUUCUCAUGGAAAAUUUGUUUGCAGUCGAGGGACAGUGGAGAUCAGAAGAAACCCCAUACGGGUGACAAAGAAAAAUCCGGACAAAGAUUUCCCCAGGCCAAGGCAACGUUUGCUCUCCACGAAAAGAAAGGAAAUGCUUUCCAAUCAGAAUCCUAGCAAGCGAGGGAAAUCUUCCACGAUGCCUUACAUGAACACAAGAUCCGUCACAAGGAAAAUGUACAACGUAGGCGCGACUUAUCAGGCACCCUCUGUAAGCGACGAGAUGGAAUGGAAGGAGUGGCCAGUGCAUGGUAUGCACGAGAGACCAGUUUUCCAUCCCCAGUUUGGCUUGGCUGCGGAGUACUUGGGCCGUUGGUUCACCAGUAUCGACGACUCCUACCAUGAAAUAGUGGAUCACCCCGACGUAGAAGUGGUGUCAGUCGACCCUCGCUGCGACUUCCUUCUCUCGUCUACUGAAAAGAAGCGGAGUAACAAAGGGAAGACGAGUCGAAGUUCCAAGUUUUCUGCGAAAACACCUUCUUCGGGACAGUAUAAGAAGCACAAGUCGUUCGAGACCUGCAUGCACGAGAGUUUCCACUGCGUCCUGGGAUACUGCUCGCAGGUGGUGACUUCUGGUUACAAAAGCAACGUGGAGGGGAAGAUAAUCCAGCUGAACGAUGAGAAAAAUGUAUCCAAGAAACAGCAGGCUUUCGCUGCAAGUGUAGAACAAGUCGCAGACCUUGACACCAAACAGCCAUUAAUUCCAUCCAGGAACAAUCCACAAAAGCCGGUUGAAGAAAGCAAAUCUACAGACAAUUGUGCGUUUACCAGGCACUCGAGAAACUCUAAAAACUACAGUCAGACGUUGAAGACGCAUUUGUAUCCAGCACAGAAGGUGUACGUUGCCAAUCCCCAGAAGACCGUCACCUUCGGCAACCUCAAAAGUUAUCGAGAAGGACAGCUGACGGUACACAAAGCGAUAGAACUUCCUAAGAAGCCUCAAAACCUCGGUUCUUUGGAAGCGAGGGAUGCUCAGAUGAAAACGACUCCUACAAAUGCAAACGCUAUACAACUGGAAGAGUCCAUCGGUUACGAACCCCUAACGGAUGCAUCUUCGACGGAGAAUUCAAAGGUAGAAGCCUCGAAACCUGCCAAGCAUCCGAAGAAAGCGGAGUUCAGAGUAACCAAGUACCUCCUGGACAGCACGGACCAGAACAAAGUUAAGAUAAGCAAGGAGAUGACAUCUACCAGCUCGAAUAAGACCUGGUGCUCCAACGACACGUCGCAGAUAGCGAAGAUCCUGUCCGAGUACAACAAGAGUAGCACGAAGAAGCCAGCGAUAGAAAACCAGGGGUUCUGCACCACCAUGAGGAACAUCAGGGACAAAGAGACCGUUAAAAAGGAGGAACAGAAGCAGAGUACUCAGGAGAACUCUUCCGAUCGAUCCGCCAACGUGAAGUUUCCACAGGGAAAGUGGAGAAGGUUUCACUUGACGGUGGAGAAGGUGAAGAGCAAUCCUGACGAGAAGAAGCUCUCGUCGGGAAUGCAACAUAGUCAAUCAUUGACGAAGGAGGAUCCAAGGUAUUUGGAAACGUUUCAGAGGAUUCAGCCGAACGCGACGAGCCUGGAGAGGAAAGAGAACGUCUCGACGAACGAAAACGCGGUUAUAGCUCCAGCAAAGACAGAUUCCUUGCAGGAACUGAUGGAGAACACAGCGAUGUUGUACUGUGCUGCUACUGGCACGCACCAGGACGACUUAGCGAUUUACAUAGACAGUCUAGACGUCGCGAAGACCAUGCAGUGGCUAGAGACUUGCAAACAUUUAUUCGUAUGAGUUUAUGAUUCUGUACGCGUUCUUCGGUACAAAAUGUUCGUGCCUUUCGAGUGCAUGCAUCGUUUCAAGGACAUUUUUAGUUUUAGAAUUACUCGAGAUUGUUUUCUUACUUUUUAUUUAGGCACUUGUACCUGACACGAGUAGUGGGAGGCAAAGUAAACGAGAAUCGGCGAUUAACCCUUUGGCCCUGCAAAGGGUUAAUCGCCACGGAAGGUUUCCUUCGUUCUCGUGGUCAACACCAUGCCGUCGUUGACUCCAGCGUGUAUGAGGAGUAUGCAAACUACGAAUAUCGCAGAAUAGAUAAAUAGCAGCGCGACGAUACCGAGGCUCCUUUGUCAGUCUCUGUUCUGGCGCCGUUUACGAUGAGCAUACCUGUGAAGAACGCGUAGUUUUAGUUAGAUAACUGUACACACUCGGAGAGGAAAUUUUGUAGCAGGCAAAUAAUUAACAAUUAACCGUUGCUAUUCUGAGAAUGCGUUCUAUCUUUGAAUAUAUAUAGAAUUAUUUUUCUAAUCUUGUGUUUCGUCUUUGCCAGUAUUAAUAAUUAAGUUGUCGAGCAUGUUGAAUAGAUCCAUGUCGGCAUGUGUUUUGAUACAGAAACUGAGACUGAAUAAACAUAAUGAAAAGAAGGACA